AUGGCGAAAGUGUCAGAGACCGACUGCCGCAAACAGGACAGGAAGCGCGGGGACCAAGACGCGGACGUUGAGCCAGAGAGGCCUUGCGAAGCCUGGCAAGGGCAUACCGUGGUAUGGACGGACAUGCCACAUGCCCACGAGCGCCGCGGGGAACCCAAAUGCCGUCACCCCACCGCCACGUUGGCCGCAGCGAGAACGAAAGCAUCAGACAAAUGCUCAGAGCAAAAUGAAAGAAAGGACAUGCGCAGGGCAAAGAAAAAGAAAAGACAUCUUCAUAACAGCUUGAAAGAGACGAAAUGCUCCAAGCACGGAAAAAGAAAAGAAAUGCUUGCAAUAGGCAGAAAGGAAGGAACGGUCAAGAGCAGGGACAAAGAACAUGCUCAAGGCAGGAAGAAAGAAACGAACUACUCCCAGCGCCUGCAAGCAGGGCUCAACCAUUGCAGCAUUUUUGCGGAGGUGCCACCGGCAUUCCGGCAUGUAGCUACGCUCUUGGAGACAGGCAUGCACCCUGGCGCAAGUUCGCGGCCUGUUGUGAUGCAGUUUUCGGAGGCAGAACGCUUGGCACUGGCUUUGGCAGCGCAAACCGAGGCUUGCAAAAUCAAAGAAGAGGCGUUGCAGGAGCUCUCUGCACAGAGCGAGGAGAAAGUCAGAAAGCUGGAGGGUGAGAACGUUCAACUGAAGGAAAUCAUUGCAGUCUGCGAGCGAGACGCUCUGGAGGCUGUUCGUGAUACUGUGAGCCGCACAAGGGCUGAGAUGGAAAAGCUUCUGCAUGGCUCCGUGGAUCGCGUGGAGGCACACAAGAAUCGAAGACCUACCGCUCAUGACUCUCGCAUGUGGGAAGCCUUCCAUGCCCAGGCAGCCAAAGCGGCCGCGCGUGUGGCCCGAACCGAGACGGAUGGCCAGGAUCUGAAAGCCUGCAUGAAGCAGAUCUCCAGCGAACUCGCAAAGUUGCGCUUGGAUCUGGACAGGACAGAGCAGGCGCUGUUGGAGUCGAAACAUCAGCUGGUGGAAACCAAAUCCGCGGUCGCAGAGCGCGAUGUGAGGCUGAGGGCAGCCCAGCAAGAAGCCAAGGACGGGAAGGCCGAGUAUGAGGCGGAAAUCUGCCGAUUGCGAGCUCUGAUCAGAACAGAGAAAGAGACGAGAAUCAUUGGCAUGCAUGGCUCCGGUUCUGCCAAUCCAGCCUACCAAGUUGACGACAUGGACCUCCUGAGUCCUGAGUUUCCUGCCGCAGCCGUCCACCAGGGCUCGUUCGGCAUCGUGCACAAGGCCCUGUUCGACUCCGGACAUGUCGCUGUCAAGGAGAGCUACGCUCAGACGGCCGGCAUGAGGCAGAGGCCGCUGUUCCUUCCGAUCAUCGUGCUGUCACGUUAUCGACACCCGAACAUCGUCAUCCUUCUCGGCUUCGCGAAGACCGGGUCCGGCAACCAUUGCGCCCUGUUGUUUGCACGGAUUCUUGUGGCACCGACUUUUGUGACACCUGUCAUUCACCGGGCCGCGGCCUCAGGUGGCCUCAGAGGACAAAAUGUUGACAUCCCACAUGACAGUCAGGAUGUUAAGCUUGACAACUUCCUCGUGGAUGCUCGCGGCACCGGGAAGGUAGCGGACUUCGGCACCUCCGUGUUGGCAUCCGGCGAUGCUGCCUUAGUACAUGAUCGCUUGGGAACAAUCGGGUACAUGGACCCGGAAGUUGCCAUCACAGGUAUGGUUUCUCAAUAUACCGACGUGUACGGCUACGGCAUGUCCCUGGCCGAGGCAUUUACCGGCCGAAGCCCAGCCUACAUCACUAUUACCGGAGCCAUUGUGCACCAGCCGUUCCUGCCCUGGGACAUUGCAAACAUCCUCACGAUGGCCGUGUGGCCGGCCCCUGUAGCCACGAUCUUCCUCCAUCUCGCCGCGGACUGCAUCGGCGAACACCGCCCAAGUUUCAAGCAGGUGACGAGCUGCGUGCUUCCUCGCAUCACGCUUUGCUGCGUACAAUUCUCCGUAAAGAGGUUGCGAAGUGUCUACAAACACUGGGACGAUGCCACAUGGGACCGAUAUAGCUACUUCGAGCUCGCAGUGCUGGUCUCCCUGCCAUGGCUGGUCUGCGUGCUGAUGAGCUUCCUGUUCGCAUCCACCUACCACAGCAUGCCGUUGACAGUGUGGGUGAUCGCACUGACCUUGCUGACUGUGUGCAUUUGGCAUGCGCGGCACGACGCGCAGCACGGGGUGCAGGAGUGGCACACCGUGCUGCCGUUGUCCUGCAUGGCUGGGGUGGUUGUGUCCUCCUGCCUUGGGCUCGUGGCUUACAAGAGCUUCUACUCACAGUACUGGCUCUACCGCUCGAGCCAUUCCUAUGUGAACGUGCUUCCCUCGGAGCCCGCUGCGGGCUACCUGGAUGCCGGGAAGCUCGUGUUUGCGGAUGAGGCUCGCGUCGAUGCAAAACGAGGCCUUGGUUUCAAGGACAGGUCGGUGUAUUGUGUCGCACCGAUCAUCGACGACUCGAAGCCUGAGAAGAUCCAGUUCUGGGCCGCAGGGCAGGACUGCUGCAGCGCUCGGGGAGAUUUCGAGUGCGACGACGCCUGGGACAGGAAAGCGCACGCCGGCGUCGUCGUGCGACGGGCAGCACCAGAGUACCUGCAGGCAGUGAAGCAGGCAAAGGCGGUCUACCGCCUUUCCAGUCCGGCAGAGCCCAUCUUCGUGCAGUGGGUGGUGGACCCGGAGAAGGUGGAACUCAACUAUUGGCUGCUGGGGAACGGAGUCCUGAUCGGCUCCUGUCUGGUCUUCCUGGUGCUGUCUGGUGUGGUGAACGUCAUCCUCUUGCCCCUGGCAAAGCCGCCGGAGGAGGUGCGCCAACCCGUGGUGAGGCCGCCGCGCCAGGCAUGCUGCUGA